GACAGCCUAAAAAAUGCAAGUGUGACGGCAUGGAAUUAUGACGUUUAGAUUUACUUAACACUUGCACAGGCUGGGCUAUCAAAAGAACUGCCAACAUAGCUUGGUCUGACUCGUUUGAAAUAAAAUAUGACACUUUUACUUAUAAUAAGCUACAAUUAGCACCUUUAGGGUGAUCGGCUGCUGUCGAAAUUUCCUGAAACCGUUUGGAUCUAUCACAGAAACAGUCAAAUAUAAAACUUAUUUUUGAGCAAUUUAGACAAAAAUUGCGUUUUCUUUGUUUAUACAUUGGACAUGUAAACUUAUUUUGCAAGAAAUAUAGGGGUAGUGUAUUUUUUAUAGGCGUACGAUUUUUUUCUUUCAUAGGUACGAAAAUUUUGACAUUCAAAUGCGAUAAUUCACUUCCGCUCACUUGGCAACACUGGUCAAAACUCAACUCAAAGUCUCAAACAAACCUGUUUUCCGGCUUUUGAUAAUUGUUUAUUUACUUGUUUUACUGAUAAAAUUGCAGUGUAAAAACUUUAAAUUGAGUAAACAAUGGAUCCUUAUGAAAUAGAGUUCAUUGGCGAGAACCGAAUAGUUAGUAUUAUACCGAAUUUCACUUACGACAAAAUCUACUUGAUAUGCGGCGAGUUUGGGCCUUUCCGGGCGGGUUUGCCCAUGAACGUGCCCCUGUGGCUGGCUGUGAUGCUGAAGCAGAAGCAGAAGUGCCGGAUGGUGCCCCCUGACUGGAUGGAUAUCGAAGUUCUAGAAGGAAUUAAAGAGGCGGAAAAAAACUCGAGGUUCUUCACCAAAAUGCCCAACGAACACUACAUGGUAGAAGCUAAGCUCAUCCUCGGAACAGCCCCUGAAGACGUCCCCCGAGCCGCUGAGAUCAAAACCAUUAUCAAAGAUAUUUGGGACAUCCGUACAUCAAAGCUGCGGACGUCUAUGGAUGCACUGAUGAAGGCAGGCGGGAGCUAUGGUAGACUGGACCAUUUGACCAUGAUGGAGAUUAACUCGGUGAAGCCACUGCUGCCGGAGGCCAUGGAUGAGUUGCAUAGGAUACAAACGAUGACAUCAAAGAACAUACCAUCGUCCAGUCUCAACACCAGCUCCUUCAGCCAGUCAGGGAACUCACAGAACUUAUGAACUUAAGCUUUCCUACUCAUUUUAUAGAUAUAUUUUUCUAAGUUAACAUAAUAUCCUCUGGAAUUAAGUAAUCUGUGUUUGUUGGAUCUAUAUCGGAAUGCCUAAAGUUUUUUGGCCUAAAUUAUCAUUGCCUAACAUUAUUUGGCAUAACCAUCACUUGCCCUAACACUCGUAUGGCCGAAUUGUGGUUGCCCUAUUCCACAAUGGCCGAUUUCAUUUUGGCCUAAUUUGUUUUUCCCUAAUGACACUUACCACAAUCGUAACAUACCCUAAUGUUACAUAGCAUAACAAUCAUUGUGUCUAAUCAUUAAAAAUCUUAAAAAUCAUAUGUCUUAACCAUCUUUAUACCUAAUUGCACACAGCCCAUACCUUAUUAUGGCCUAAUUAUAAUACGUUUUGGUAGUAAUCACUAAUCACCCAAAUUGCGUACAGUUAACAAUAUCGACGACUAUUCUGUGCCGUUUGGCCUUCGGCCGUUUGAAGAUACCUAACGAACCGAACCUACCGUUAUAUUUUCACCGUCCCAAUCCCAAAACCGACAAUUUUACAAGCGCCAACCAUUAAGGCAGAAUUCGCACCUCGUUUGCGAGUUCAUUACUGCAUAUAUGGAAAAUAAUAUGAUGACGACUGAUAAUUAGAGCAGUACCCAUUAGGCCAAAACAGUUCGGGCAUCACAUUAUAGUUCACACUAUAAUAGGGAUUUCAUGUAAUAUGCAACAAACCAUUAGGGAUACUCACCAUUAGGACAAAAAUGCUUAGAAAACAACAUUUAGGUAAAACAAUACAUUAUGCAAAAUUAUCAUUGCGCCAAGUGACUGUUAUGCCAAGUGAUCAUUAGUCCAUAGCAGUUAGGCCAAGUGAUUUUAGGCCAAACGUUGUUAGGCAUUCAGAAGGACACCCGUGUUUGUUAAUAUGAUUAUAAAUAGCAUUUUAAGAUUAAUUAAACUUGUUUUUGACGACCGGUUUGGCUUAGUGGGUAGUGACCCUGCCUACGAAGCUGAUGGUCCCGGGUUCAAACCCUGGUAAGGGCAUUUAUUCGUGUGAUGAGCAUGGAUAUUUGUUCCUGAGUCAUGGGUGUUUUCUAUGUACAUAUUUAAGUAUUAAUAAAUAUUUAUAUAUUAUAUA